AUGGCGAGUGUGCUCAACAACCUCUUUGGAGGCAAGUCCGCAGCCAGCGCUCAGCCGUCGCAGGCUGGCGGCGACUCUGUUCGAUAUCUGCUCUGGAAGCUAAUCAGGAUCGUAAUGCUCGCACCAUUGUCCACUCAAGACUUCGCCGACUUCUCCAAAGGUCCCGAGCCCUCGGCCACCUCCGUCCCGUCGGCGGCCCCUGUGUCGCCGGCUUCGAACACUUUCGGCGAGGCCCAGCCCCAACAGACCCUGCGUCCGUACACAAAAUGGUACAAUGUGCAUGAGCGCUACACGCUGUCAGACUUCAAGGCCGAAGGCAUCAUCCUGUCCGUUAUCGCUGUCGUCCUGCUCCUCCAUCUCGUCGGCGCCCGUCUGAAUCGCUCCAAGGCCAAGAAGUGGAUCCAGGCCCACGCCGCGCCCCUGACCUCCGAAUUCGCCCUCGUUGGCUUCGCUGGGGUCCCGCCCAUCGUCGCGGAUAAGAAGGGCGAUGAGUUGGUCCAGGCCCUAGCCGACGCGAACGCGCAGCAGGGCGAGAAGCUGCUCAAGGAGAAGAGCCUGUUCGAAUUCGCCACCUACGCGACUGGCCGCGGCAACGUCGCCUUCCUUGAUGUGAAGCUCACGCUUCUGAAGCGGUUCAACCCGCUUACCGUGUUCUUCGAAUACGCAAUGGCCUUCUUCUUUGAUAGCGUUGCUCAGACUUACGACGUUGCCGAGGCUGCGAUCUACCCAUUUGACGGAAAGGAGGCGCUCACCGUACCCGGCCUCCCCGGUGCUGCUGAGCUUCGCACUAAGGACAGCAAGAGCUCCUUCGACAACUUCGUCUGGGCCAUUGUCCACAAGGAGGGCAUGAAGCAAGUCCGCGAUGACCGCUACGAUGUUUCGCUCACCGUCACCAAGGACAACUCCAAGCUCCCGAACUGGUUGACCGUCAUGAGCGAGAGCGCCGAGAUUACCGACGCUCUGCUUACCCCUGAGCUUGCUAGGGCCGUCGAGGCCGCGGGAGACCUGUUUGAGUAUCUCAUCGUCUCGGACCAGCCGAUUGAGAAGCCCAAGACACUCAACGAGACCGUCCCGCGCAAGCGCAUCUUCCUUAGGUACCGCUUGCCGCCUAACGAUGACUACACCAACCUCGUGCCCCUUUUUAAGUACUUCCUGCGCCUCACCGACAAGCUCGUGCAGGUGGCGCACUUCCGGCCGGAGGUGCUGCGCAAAGUGAAGGCAGCGCGCGACUACGUGGCGAAGGAAAUCCAGAAGGCCGACGAGGAGAGCAAGGCCGAGGAGCGCGCCGCCGAGCGCGAGCGGCUCAAGAAGGAGAAGCGCGACCGGGAACUGAACGCGCUCGACGCCAAGGCGCAGAAGAAGUACCUCGAGAAGGAGCGCGAGAAGGAGUUGAAACGAAGCAUGAAGAAGCAAACCAUGAGGGCAUGA